CCAAAAGUGCUCAACCAGUGUUAGUGAUAAUGUUUCGCGCUCGUGUAAAUUGCGUCAUUAUCAAUCAUUUGCGGAGUUUUUCAGCUCAAGCGAAAAAAGUAAUACAUUUUUCUCUUUUAAAUUCAAUUCUGGCACAACCGGAUUCAAUAAAAAGGCAAAAUAUCUUUCAGGCAACCGCAGCGGAUUUCAAUGAAGAGGCCUUUGAGGAGAGCUGGAAGGCAGCAAAGCCUUACGAAAGCAUUCCUGGACCGUCGGCUGUCAAUCUCAUCAGGAGCUUUAUCAUUCCGGGCGGAAGAUUCAAUGCAAAGCCUUUCAGUUACGUCAAUCGAACACUGUCGGCAGAUCAUGGGCCAAUCUUCAAGUUGAGAGGACUCUUUGGGAAGAGGGACAUUAUUGUGGUGCAGGAUCCGAAGGAUUUUGAGAUCGUCUUCAGAACUGAGGGUCAAUUUCCCAUGCGAAGAGGUUUUGACGGUCUCACGUAUUACAGGAAAGUGUAUCGAAAGGAACACUACAAGUCCUCAGCAGGAUUGGUGAACGAACAGGGCCAGGAUUGGUGGGAUCUGCGGCAUAAAGUCAACGGCGUGAUGAUGAAGCCACAAGUCACGAAAGGCUACAUAUCAGGUGUUGACGAAGUCAGCUCGGAUUUUGUGAGAAAAAUACACAAUUUGAGAGAUGAAAAUUUGGAAACUCCUGCUGAUUUAAUCUACCAAUUAAACCUUUGGGCUCUGGAGUCUAUUGCUUAUAUCACAAUGAGCGCAAGAUUGGGAUUGUUGACGGAGAAACCCGAUGAAAGUAUUGAUAGAUUUACGAAAAAUCUCAAGGAACUCUUUCACUUGAUGGCUGAACUUGACUUCCAACCGUCCAUUUGGAAAGUCUACAAGACACCCAAGUUCAAUCGCUUUAUGCAAGUGAUGGAUGAAAUACACGAAGUUGUCAGUAGAUUAGCUGAGAAAGGACUUAGAAAAUUGAAGGAAAACCAAGCGAAAGGAGAAAAUAAUGCUGGUGAGAAGAGCGUUCUUGAGAAACUCUACGAGAUUGAUGAAAAAGUUGCAGUUCUGAUGGCAUUAGAUUCACUUAUGGCAGGAGUUGAUACUACUGCUGUUGGAGCAUUUUCUGUCAUCUACCAAUUGGCGAAGAACACAGAAAAGCAGGAUAUUCUGAGGGAAGAGCUGCUACAAAUCCUUCCUGACAAGGACACACCGUUGACGACAGAAAACAUGAGCAAUUUGCCAUACUUAAGAGCUUGUCUCAAAGAAGCAUUCAGAUUGAUGCCAGUCAUUAUUGGCAACAUAAGAUCUUCGGGACAGAAGAUUGUUCUCAAAGGAUAUCAAAUUCCCAAAGAAACCGAUAUUAUGAUGUUUACAUAUGAUUUGCAAAAAGAUGGAAAAUUCUUCCCGGAUCCGAAUGUCUUUCUUCCCGAACGCUGGUUGAGAUCAGAAGAGAAGCACGAGAAUUACAAUCCUUUUUCGUAUCUUCCUUUCGGUUUUGGCAGUCGUAAUUGCGUCGGACGAAGAUUUGCCGAAAUGGAAAUUGAAUCCUUGGUCACGAGAUUGGUGAGAAAUUACCAUCUCGAGUGGCAUCAUCCUGAGCCAAUAAUUGAAGAAACCGCUGUUAAUAUGCCAACUGGAGACUUGAAGUUACUUAUCUUUGCCGCCAAAUACAUUAAAACCGAAUGUGUAAUUUUGGAUGCCACAACGCCGUCAAAUGCCAAUGAUGAAGUUGUGGAAGAGAGCUGGAAGACGGCAAAGUCUUUUGCCAGCAUUCCAGGACCAUCGACAUUUGGUUUCCUGAAGAAUUUCAUACCUGGCGGAAAGUACAGCAACGUUUCGUUCGUUGUCGUCAACAAGGAGUUGAAGGAACAGUUUGGCGACAUAUACAGAAUAAAGGGCGUCUUCGGGAGGAAUGAUGCGAUUAUCCUACACGAUCCCAAAGAUCAUGAAGUGGUUUUCAGGACUGAGGGCAGUUAUCCACGGCGGCCAGGCUUCGAUUCCAUCAAGCACUACAGAAAAGUGCUUCGCAAGCAGCAAUACUCCUACUCUGUAGGUCUACUGACUGAGCAAGGCCAAGGAUGGUGGGAUUUGAGGCACAAAGUCAAUGGCGUGAUGAUGAAGCCACAAGUCACGAAGGGCUACACAUCGGCUGUGGAUGAAGUGACGAGAGAUUUCGUGAAGAAGCUGCACAAUAUGAGGGACUCACAAUUGGAGGUUCCAGCAGACUUCUUCUACCACACGAAUCUCUGGGCGCUGGAAUCUAUUGCGUAUGUGACGCUGAACAUGAGAUUGGGCCUCUUGAGUGACACACCGGAUGAUAAUAUUGGGAAAUUCAUGGACAACCUAAAGGUUCUCUUCCAACUCCUCUUCGAGCUGGACUUCCAGCCGUCGAUGUGGAAAGUCUACAAGACGCCCAAGUUCAAUCGCUUCAUGCAAGUCAUGGAUGAGUUGCACGGUAUUAUAAAAACACUUGUGGAUAAGGGUGUGCAAAAUCUCAAAGACACCACUGCCGGCGGUGAGGCGAAUGCCAAGGAAAGAGCCGUGCUGGCGAAGCUGUACGAAAUUGACAAGGAUGUUGCAGUUCUUAUGGCGCUGGACGCUUUGCUAGCCGGUGUUGACACUACAUCAUCAGGAGCCUUUUCAGUUCUCUAUCAACUGGCGAAGAAUCCAGAGAAGCAGAAUGUACUGAGGGAGGAAUUCCUCAAGUUCCUUCCAGAAAAGGACACGCCGUUGACGACAGAAAAUAUGAGCAAUGUUCCCUACUUGAGAGCCUGCAUGAAGGAAGCUUUCAGGCUUAUGCCAGUCAUUCCUGGUAAUAUCAGAUCAACGGGAAAGAAUAUAGUUCUCAAAGGAUAUCAAAUUCCCAAAGACACUGACAUGUUCAUGCUAAAUGAACUCAAUCACAAGGACGAGAAGUACUUCCCGGAUCCGAACACCUUCCUUCCCGAACGCUGGUUGAGAUCAGAAGAGAAGCACGAGAAUUACAAUCCUUUUGCGUAUCUUCCUUUCGGUUUUGGCAGUCGUAAUUGCGUCGGACGAAGAUUUGCCGAAAUGGAAAUUGAAUCCUUGGUCACGAGAUUGGUGAGAAAUUACCAUCUCGAGUGGCAUCAUCCACCGCCUGGCAUUAAAGCGCACUCCAUCAAUAUGCCUGACGGAGACUUGAAACUUCGUCUCAGAGAUUUCCAGUCUUAGUUGCAUGCAACCGAGAA